AUGUUUACAACACGCUGCACCGUGGUCGCUAUCCUGGCUAUCAUCAACUUUACUCUACUCGCAGUAGGAGCGCCCAGCCCCGCAAACCCAGACGCAUCGACCGUCCCAUCUUCGCCACCUUUCGCUGGGAUCACGAAGAACGAUAAUAGUGACAACUCCAUGGGCACUAGCGUCGCGCUCUGGGUCACCGUCAUCGUGGCGCUGUUCGUCAUCAUCGGCAUCGUGUUUCUCUGCAGUACCCGCAGCAGUCUCUCCUGGCUCUGGUCUCGGAAGAGCGGCAAAAGCCCGAGCGAGGUGCCCCCGCCCCGUCUCGGUCCCGUAACCAAUUCCGCAGGCGUUCCCGAGCUCGGGUACCAGCUUGGUCAGCCCACCAUCGCCGAGCGCGUCAACCAGCCCCUUACUCCUCCUCCGGCAUACAUACGGACCCCACCCGUGCCACCUGUACAAGUCCGGGAUAUCAGCAGCAACGACGGAGAGGCAGCCGGCAUCAAGUCGCUGAAGCCACUACACCAACAAAGCUCAACAUCUUCGAUGUAG